GACGGAAGAGGAAGGGAAGGGGACUAGAUUGGAGAAGUCAACACAGACAGCAAAGCCAAGAAUGAAGCUGGGAUCAAUCUGGGCCGGUCUGUUGCUGGCCAUGCACUUGGCGUGUGCGUUGACGUACGAAAACGCUCUCAAGGCGCUCGGCAAGGAUGGCUUGUUGCACAUCACAGACAAGAACUACAAGCAGCUGGUGAAGAACGAGGACUUUGCUCUAGUGGUGUUUCUCACGGCAGAGGACUCUCGUGUCGGGUGUACACUCUGUCACCAGUUUGCUCCCCAAUACAAGACGACAGCGUACCAGUACGUGGAGCAUCUGAAAAACGACGACAAGGCACGGGUGAUCUUUGCGUUUUCCGACUUCCUUGAAUCCAAGGAUUACUUUCAGAUGCUGGGAUUGACGGCUGUGCCCCGACUCUUCUAUUACGAGCCUGGCAAGGGACCGCAGAUGAGCAAGUUCUCGAGCGAGUUUUCCUUUGUCACCGCCGAGAACACCGACGGAUUUCAGAGAUGGGUUUCCAGUGCCGUGCCCCGGAUGGACCUCAAGUCAUUGCAAAUUGAGACGCCUGCAUCAAAAUCAAUUCUUUUCACAUUGGCGGUUUUUGUGCUUGUGCUGGCAUCUGUGGGCUACAAGUUCAAGAACCACAUUUUGGACGUGGUGCAGAGCAGACGCGUGUGGGAGUUCCUCUCCUUCGGUCUGAUUGUGCUCUUCAUCUCGGGUUACAUGUACAACCAGAUCCGGAGCCCGGAGACGUACAAGAAGGACAAGGACGGGAACAUUGUCUACUUUGCAACAGGCCACAACACACAGUACGCCGCAGAAACACAAGUCGUCUCCCUCGUGUACGGCCUCGUCACUAUCUGCUUGGGUCUGCUUCUGAAAUUCCUCCCCUCUGUGAAGGAUGUGAAGAAGCGUUUCAUCGGUGUCAUUACCAUCAGCGUCAUCGUCUUCUUCUUAUAUAGCUACCUCGUGGAGAUCUACGCUCUCAAAUCUCCAGGCUACCCUCUACGCUUGUUGAAGAGGUUGUAG